GCCAUGGGGCCAUGGCCCCCCCCUCGGGAACCUCAUGGAUAUGUAAAAAUGUAGGUAUUUUGAAUAAAUGAAAAAUUUCUUCCUUCUUUCUAUCCAUCGCGACCCACGCUAAAUAUAUAAUAAUGAUAAUGGUGUUGCCCUUGGCUCUUUGAGUCUUAAUGUACGGUCGGAAACGCACGGUCGAAAAUCACGGUCAAUCGGACGUGUUCGGACCAAGCACUGGCUGUCGGCAGUCUCGGCUGAGAGAUGAGCUAAUACCCGAUACCGAGUACCGACCGACUUCAUUGCAACAUCAACAAGCGCAUCGAACGAUCGACCGUUGCCUGCUCGCCGCGCGCUGUAUUAUACCUACAAGCUACAAGAGUGUAUGAACGUUUCGAACUAUCAAACGACACAACAGUAAUUUACAGUAACAACACUGAAGUGCAUUGAUGUCUCCAACGAUUCCGUACUGUGAUUGUCACUUUAGGUAUGAGAACCUUUGAAUUAUACGCUAUAAUAGGAUAAGAAAAAAUGAAAAGAAAUAUUGAGAAAAAUGCGAAGUUGACGGAUUUUUUCAAGCGAUUGAAAAAAAAUGAAGAGGAUGGAAAUAUGGGAAAUCUACCGGAACCAGCAGAUUCAGAUGAAAAUUCAGUAACCAUCACUCAUUCAGCCUGUAAUAUUGACUCUACUCCAUCAACAUCGACAGAUUCAUAUUUUCCAACUGAAAAUGCUUUAGAGACUUUCAAUAAUUCUAAUAAUUUAGCGAUUCCUACUGAUAAUGUUCCAUCCUCAUCAGCGACUUCAGCAACUCCGUCAGAAAAUUCAUCAGUAACUGUCAUUCAUUCAGCCUAUCCUAUUGAUAAUAUUACGUCAGUCUCUGAUUCUGAAACCAUAGAUUAUUACCAGAAGGUUUUCGAUAUUGGUGUUGUUAAAGAAUCUUCAGAAAUAACUGAGUUUCAAAAAUAUAAAUUUUUAAAGGAAUCCUGGUACCCUCCUGGAAAUUAUCAGUUUCCAUUUAGUGAACACAAUAAAAAUAAUAAAAUUGUCAAGAGGUAUCUCAGUUUCAAGCACUUGAAUACAUAUGAAUGGGUUACAUAUUCGCAUUUGAAAAGAGGAUUAUUUUGCAAGUACUGCGUCAUCUUCAGCAAACCCAAGGAUUCAAAACAAUUGAAAGGGUUGACUUUGGAACCCAUAAUAAAAUUCGCAAAAUUACUUGGAAGCCAGGGGUGUCUGGAGAAUCAUAAUAAGAAUAAAUAUCAUAUAGAGGCAGUUUUAGAUGCUCAGAAUUUUAUAAAGUCUUUUGAAAACCCUCAAGCAGAUGUGAGGAACCAACUCCACAAAUCUAGGGCCUCUCAAGUGAGUGAGAAUAGAAAAAGAUUGAAACCUAUCAUAAAUUCGAUACUCUUCUUAGGAAAACAGAAUAUUGCCUUCAGAGGUCAUCGGGAUGAUGGUGUCAUAAACGUUGAUGAGAAUGUAUCAGAGACUAAUGAAGGAAAUUUUAGGGAACUACUAAAAUUUCGGGUGGAGUCGGGGGACGAAACAUUGAGGGAACAUUUGAGAACAUCUUCCUCAAGAGCAACCUAUGUUAGUAAGACAACACAGAAUGAUUUGAUUUGCUGCAUUGGAGAGGAAAUUAGAGAUGCAGUGAUUAGACGCGUGAAUGCUGCAGCAUUUUAUUGUAUAAUAUUUGAUGAAACAACAGAUGUUUCUCAUAUUUCUCAAAUGUCCAUUGUUCUUCGAUACGUCGACAUCGACAUGAAAGAAGCGAGAGAAGACUUCAUUUCUUUUGUUGACUGCCAUGAGGAAAAUUUUUCGUUAGAUGAAGAUACCUUAGAACCGAUUUUGAAUGGAAAAGUUUUAGCUAGAACAGUAUUGAACGUUUUAACAAAACUUGGACUCGAUUUGAAAAAAUGUAUUGGUAUAUGUACAGAUGGGUGCAGUGUGAUGGUUUCAAAGAAAUGCGGUGCGGUAGAAGAAAUUAGGAAAUGUAUACCACACGCCGUACCCUGUUCCUGCUAUAACCACGCACUGAAUUUGGCUGUAUCAAAAUCUUCUACUGUACACUCCGUUAGAAAUUUGAUAGGAACCGUAAAAGAAAUAUCGUCUUUUUUCACAGCUUCCUCAAAACGACAUUUUGUAUUGAAACAUAUUACCAAAACGGAACUGAAGAGUGUUUGCGAAACAAGGUGGGUUGAACGUCACGACUCCAUUCUUCAAUUCAAGAAUGAAUUACCCAAUAUUCUCCAGGCAUUGGAUAAAAUAUCUUUAUGGAACGAGAGUGAAUCUGCGAAGAAGGCAAGAAAUUUCGCAACAGCUCUGAGGAAUUGCGAAUUUGUAAUUACACUCUGUUGUUUGGCAAAUAUAUUUUCAAUAACACUGCCACUCAGUAAUUUGCUCCAAACAAAAAACUUGGACAAAAAACAAGCUAACGAUGUUGUCAGUAUUACUCUUCUGACGCUUCAAGAUAAAAGGGAUGAUGCUUCUAAAUACUAUCUAAGUAUUUCAAAUGAUGCCAAACAAAAAUUAAAAGAGAUCAAUGUUGAAUUUUCGAUGCCAAGAAUAACAGGCAGAAUGGUUCAUAGACCAAAUCCUACAGUUUCCUCAGUGGAUGACCACUAUAGAAUAACUGUUUUCAUCCCACUGCUCGAUAGCAUCAUCCUUGAUCUGAAAGAUAGAUUAUCAGAAAAUAAAUUAAAUCUGUACAACCUUCACCUAUGUGUACCAUCAGUUACCAAAAACAAAACAGAUGAGGAAAUAUAUCAAGGUAUAAGACAAAUACUUGAACAGUUUCCGACCAUUUUUGAGGAGAACGAUGAAAUGUCCUUCCAGAAGAUAGCUUCAGAAAUGUUAAUAUGGAAGAAAAUGUGGGAUGCUGAGCAAAAUAUACCAGACAAUGGUAUAACGGCUCUGAAGGAAUGUAACAAACAUUUGUUUCCUUAUAUAAGCAUUCUUCUGGAACUAUUAUGUUGCCUGCCAGUGAGUGUUGCAUCUUCUGAAAGGAGUUUUUCAACACUCAGAAGGCUGAAGGACUGGAUAAGAUCGAGAAUGGUUCAAGACAGGUUGAAUGGAUUGGCAUUAAUGCAUAUACACAGGGGCAUCUGCAGCAGUCUGAAUGUUGAUGAUAUCAUCCAAAGAUAUGCUAGUCAGAAGAAUAGAAGACUGGAAUUUGUUAUUUAGUUUUUAAAAUUUGAUUAUUUUUUUUAUAUAUUUUUAUUUUUGCCUGUUUCAUUUGUUUUGUUUUUGAAGAGGAAUAUUUUUAUUUACUUUUGUACCAAAGUUUUUCAAGAGAAAUAUAUUUUUAUUUACUUUAUUCAUCUAAUAUGAUUUAUUACAGAAAUCAAUAUAUGUAUAUAUUGAUGGAAUUAAGCCAAUAGUUUGAACUUAUUUUUUUUACACCAGUAAUUUCGAUACUUGAUAGGAAACUAAAGAUUUCAUGUUUACUAGAAUCAAUUUUUUUAAUGAAAAAGCAUGUGUCUCAGAAGGUAACCUUAUUAUUUAUCUUCCGUGCUAACCUUAUUGAGCCGUGACUUUCUAUGGCCCCCCCCUCAAACAUCGUCUGGAUCCGCCCCUGU